AUGAAGGGCUGCAUUUUCACUUUGUUUUUAUUCUCUGUCCUGCUUGCUGUCUCUGAAGUAAGAAGUGAGGAGUCCCUGAAACUCUGCGGGAAAGAUUUCAUCAGAGCGAUCAUCUACAUCUGCGGUGCCUCCCGCUGGAGAAGGGACCUGGAGGAGAGUCUUCAAGGUCAGCUAGAGGAGCAAACAAACCACUUCCGUUUCCCGGGUGAACAAGAUGUUUUGGAAGAAGGUGCAGCACAGAACCUUGGGAAGCUGGAGUCUGCAGUGGAGUCUUUUCGUCGGGGUGGGCUGCUGCCCACUGGAGGGGUGUGGGGGUCCAGGAAGCAUCCAGUGAAGUCAAGGAGAGACCUCUCCCUCCUCUGCUGCACUGAGGGCUGCAGCAUGGCUGAUCUGAGCUCUUUUUGUUAA